UUUUUCUCCAAUUUUUUUAUUCUCUUCAAUUUUUAAUUCUCUUGAUUAUCUUUUUUUUUAAUUAACUUUGUUUUGACUUUCGAUCUUUAGUCCAACUUAUGUGCCAAUCAUUUAGACGAAAUUUACAAGAGUAAAUUGUUCCAAUUUAAUUUUUUUAGGUGAUUUAAUUAAUUACCUUCAACUAUUCCUUGGAUUUUUAUUUGUUUCCUUCUUCUUCUCCUCCUGUUAUGUGAAUGUGAUUUUCUGGAUUCGUCUAUUCACCAAGGCCCAUUUUAAUGGGAUUCCCUUGGAGACAAGCAAUAUUUUUCUUGGUCAUUAUCAUUGCUGUUUUACAGGUAAUUCACAUAUCAUUAUUAAGUCGAUUGGAAGCCUUAAGAAAUGACCGACGAAAACGAAAUGCUUUGGCCUUCAAAUUCGAUAAAAAUGACCAUGAGCAUCAGCUUAUUUAUACAAUUAAAGAUAUUGAAAAGGAUCGAAAAUUGUUACUCGAAGCCGUUAAAGAGAGUUCAGUUCUUGAUGCAUUUGGUGAGAUGCAUAUAAUCAACAAUUGGAUUCGAGCUGAAUCUUUGGGAAGUCGCAACCAUAUCCGUAAAGAUAUCACUCUGGUUACUCAAACCUCUAUCUCAGGUUUACACAAUUUAAUCACCAUAAUACCUCAUUGGAAAGGAUUAAUAUCCGUUGGUUUAUUCACAUUAACCAAAGACAUUUCAACAGCCAUUGAAGCGAUUCUUGUGUUACGUAAAUGUUACCCGGUGAUAAGAUUUAACACAAGUUUUCAUUUAGUUUACCCUCUCCAUGUGCCUCUACCUGAUUUGACAAUGCACAAUGAUCUUUAUCACCUUUUUCCAACAUCACCUCCAUCACUUUCAUCGAAAUCUCAAAAAGAAUCUCUUGAUGACAAUACUAUUUGCAAUCAUUUACCCCAAAUAUUAGUAUCUCUCAAAUCUUCUUCGCUCAAUUAUGAUAAUGAAGGAGUUCCAUUCCCAAACAAUUUACUUCGUAACGUUGCCAGAAGAAAUAGUCUCACCCAAUUCAUUUUCGUCACUGACAUUGAUCUGGUUCCUAAUCAUAAUCUUGACCGUGAUUUUAUUGAGUUUGCGAUAGAAAAUCGUUUAUUUGAAGAAGAAACUAAAGAUGAGAAAACUGUUUACGUUGUGCCAUCUUAUGAAAUCGAUUCUAGUCUUGUACCAGAUCAUAUACCCCAAGAUAAACGUGAGCUUAUGUUAGCAGUUAAUUCUGGUUACGUGAGGCCAUUUUAUUAUGAGCUCUGCUGGAAAUGCCAAAAAUACACCGAUUAUGAAGCUUGGCAAAAAGAACCACAAUCAAAUAAACUAAACAUAUUAUUCGAAGUCUUCUGGCAUGAUCCCUGGGAGCCAUUUUAUAUUUCUCGUAAUACAGUGCCAAUGUACGACGAAAGAUUCCGUCAAUAUGGUUUCAACAGAAUUAGUCAGGUCUGUGAACUUCACAUGGCUGGUUAUCGAUUCUCUGUUUUGAAUAACCCUUUUGUUAUCCAUAAAGGAAUGAAAAGAUCCGAUUCUUUUCAUAAAGAUAAAGACUUGGAAUUGGAAAAGAAUCGAAUACUUUUCAGGCAUUUCAAAAAUGAACUUAAAGAUCGUUAUCCACAUUCAUCCCGAAGAUGCUACUGAACUUAAAUGAUCUUUCAUCAAACCCAAACUCUCACUGAUUCAUUCAUGUGCCAUGAAAAUUUCAAGAAGCAAAAAAGUCGCAAUCAAAAGAGUUCAAACAUUCUAAAACAUGGGCCAUAUCAAUAUUCCCAAUCCUUUGUAAUUAACACCGAUUAUCUAAACUGCAUAUCAGUUUUGAUUGUUUGCAAUUAUUUAUUAUUUUAUAUUAAGUUAAAGCAAAGGGAAAAAAUUUGAUUACUAUCCAUCAAUCAUUUCUUCCUGUGUUCCAUCAAUGUUUUUACAGAGAAAACUUUUCUUUUUAUUAUGAAAAAAAUACUAUGUAAGUUUAAAAUAAAUAGAUUAAAUCAUCUA